GUAACACGUAUCUUAAACCUCACUUAAGUUGAUAUUAAGUAAUGCUAAGUAAGUGAUGAUGAACCAUUUUUGUUUGACGGAAAAUGUGAUUCAGUCGACGAGACGUUUUGGAUUUUGAUGUUGGUUUUCUUUUUGUAAAUUAACUUUUUUGGAUUUUUUUUGUUGUUGUGAUUGGACUUUUGAAGGAUCGCCGGUUGGUUGGAGUUUUGUGUCGUUUAUUUUAAAAAGAUGGCGCACCACAUUGUGCCCCAACUGGCCUGCUUCAUACUGCUGUUGGCUGCCACAUCAUCACACAAGGAACAAACGAGAUGGUCUCGACAAAUUAGCUCCUACACUUCAGACAUUAGCGAUUGGGUACCUCUUUCCGGACCUAUAGAGAGAGAGGCACCUCAGAUCAAACCAGCGACUCCGAUCAAGAGGCAGGCGGUCGCUGAACCCAGAAUACUGACAGAACCUUUCCCAGGAUUUGCAAGACCGAAUGGCUUUAGCCAAGAAUCUUUCCCAUCGAGAACAUACUUCAAUUCCCCAGCAAACAGACAGUUAUAUUUGCAAUCCGUGCCGUCAGCCCCACAGAACUUUUUAACUGAUCAAGGUUUUGGCCAGAGCAUUAGAUUUGGUCUGUCACAACCAAAUUUCCCAUUGAACCAAGGUUUUGUCGCACCUCAACUCAGUUUCGAAAAUGGUCCUCCAACACGCGCGCCUCAGAAACAACCUAUACCACCCAGUCAAGUUCAAUUUACAAAGCCAAAUAUACCGUCGAUACAACAAACCAAACCAUUUAUAAAUCAAGUACCGAAACCAACUCUGGAAACUGCGAAAUUUGUAGACGGAUACCGCGUGGAAAAUCAAUCUAGUAGCAACUUUGGUUUUAAUGCACAAAAGAAACUGCAAUCACUUCAGAAGCUUAAAUUUGAAGUACCAAAAACAGAGCAGAUAGCAUCAAAAACAAAACCUGAAAGAGAAGAAGUACAACUACUUUAUGUUCCUCUAGAAUCGUUAAAUAGAGGGCAGUUUAAUUUCAGAAGUCCAGUAGCUACCCCACAAAUAUUAAACUCUGACUUAUAUUCUCAAGGACUACCAAAACUUGAACCAAUGCAACAAACAUUCAUAGCUGAUUAUCAGAGACCAGUAGCGAAGCCAGUCGACGCUUUCUCAUCUAAUAAAGAUUACUUCAGUAACUACGAUCUUUUCAAAGAAAUUGACCAAGUGCCAAAGUUCUCUACUAUUACUUCACCUUUUCCCACUUCUCCACCUACUACUCCUAAACCAAAAAAAUUGAAGCCGCAUCAACCACCUCUAGCUAUAUUUCAAGAAGGGAAGAAAAAUAGUAAUAUAAAAGUUGGUGACGUUUUAGCAUCAUUGAAAAAUGCUAACACUAUCGCCGUCCUAGAUUCUGUCAAUCCUUUAAAUGCACCAAAGGUAUUUAUCGGCCCAUCUUCGUUGACACCACCUGAAAAUUUCGUCAAAUUUGAAUUACCAUACUUGUCUAACAUUGAACAUACCGAUAAAAAACUUCGACAAUUACCAUUUUUUGUUGCACCCUUGAGUUAUAAUACUCCUAAUGGUUUUGCCAAAAUUCCUUUUCCAUCUCCACACGUGGGUUCUGUAGUAAUAAAUUCACUGAUUAAAGAGACGCCAUCUACUGCAUAUCCAACAUCUAAGUUCCAAUCUACGCCACAAUACCACACAACGCCAACAGUGCUUUCAACUCCAACCGCUAAAAUAAUUCCAAAUUCGUAUUCGAUAACCCCAUCACAUAAACAAGAACAUAAACCGGAGAUAUCUCAAAAUUAUAAUUAUUAUACUACGAGAGCUCCUAAAACGAAUCCACCACCAAGGCAUGAAUCAACUUAUUACUCAAUUGAACCUCAAACGAUCACAGCUCUACCGCCUUUGAGGGAAUCCGCACCUAAUCCUGAGAAAGCACAAAAGACUGGUUAUUUCUUAUCCAAUAUUGGUGAUCAAUAUAAUGCUCCUCAAUUUGUUAAAUUUCCAACUCAAAAUGAUGAUAGAAAACCAGACAAUACAAGAUUUUAUACUGCCGGACCAAAGGCAGAAACAACAACUUUAAAACCAACGACCACAGUUACGACUACGAAAUCAUCAACUCAUUCAAAUCAAUUACUAGAGACACAUAACCCUUAUUCCAUAAAUCAAGCUUUCCACUUCAGUACCCCAUUAGAUUAUCACAGUUAUUUCGACGAAUUCAAAGAUUCAUACGCUCCUCCUCCACCUGGAUUAAAACUUGAAUUACCAAAGACUUCCCAGGCCCCAAUAAGCACAACUCCACGACAAAAUCUGCCCGCGAAAUCUGACGAAAUUGUCACACAGAAAUCAACACAACAAACAUCUCCAAAUUAUUUACAAAAUUAUAGCCCUGAAAUUCACUAUGAAUCUGAAAUAGAAAACAUAAAACAUUCAGUGUAUAAUUCCAACGACUUUACCACAAAAACUCAAACGACGUAUAAUCCACUUCAAAAUGCUAAUAUUGCUAAUGUCGAUACUAGUUUACAAAGUAAUCAAAAUAACCAACCACAAUACUCCGUAAAUGAUAACGUACAAGGUUAUGAAAACUUAACAGAAACUAUAAUUAAUAAAAUAACAGGACCCUCAGCAGAAGUAGAUAAUCAAAGACAAGUCUACAAUAGAUAUGAAAAUGGAUACGAGUCCGAAGAAAUCGCACGUCCAAGCCCUACCACUUCGACAACAAGUACUACAACGGCUGCAUCCACUACUAGAAGGAACCCAAUCAGAACCAGAGGCCGACCGAGAUAUACUACGACUCCGAGAACCGAGUCAAGCGAAUCUAUAACCAAAUCUACGGUCACUCGUAGACCACUGAGAGAAAGAAGACCUCUACCUUCUAGGCCUAGAUAUGAACCUAACAAAAUUUCAAACGAAAGGACGACUCGAAAACCUAUCGAUACUAAUGAAAGUUCUACAAAAUCUCCUCGAACGAGAUCAAGAGGUCGUAUUCAAUACAAACCUUCUGGAAAUGAUGAAAUAUAUGAGAAGAAAAAUAAAUUACAGAACGGAAAAGAGACUGAUCUUGCAUAUCAAAGAGAUAUUCUCCACCAAAACUAUCCAGUCACAUUAAUGGAAAGAACAAGUACAGUAGAUAUAGAGGCUAUAACUGAACCAUCUCCAAAAAAUCAUUAUACUAAAUCUGUACAAAAUGGACCUGAAAUUUAUGAUACAGAAAAUGCCUAUGCUCAUCAAUCCCCUGCUGUAACUCAAUUGGGUGGUGAUAUUGAUUACAAAGAAGAAGUUCCCAAUUAUACUUCACGGUCAGAAUCCUCUAUAGAAUAUCAGCAAACUCGAAGUAGCCCAGCACCAGUUCAACAAACAGUAUCGCAAGAAGAUUAUAUUGAAAAACAACAAGAACUGCCAAGUCAAACAAUAUCUGAACAAAAUUUUGAAAAACCAGAAAUAAUAGCAUAUGCCACAGAGCCAACUUUUAGUGCCAAUACUGAACAACCUGAGUAUUCAGUUGCCCAUGAAGAAUCUUCGGCAAAACAAGAAGACACUACCAGUCACGACAUUGAAAUUACCAAAGUUGGAAGUCAGGAAACUAAUACUGAAAGUGAACCAGAAGAAAAUAUUGUUCAAACUACGCCAUCGUACAACAGAGUACGAGUACGUCCAGGAGUAAUAAAACAAUAUCAUCAAGCCUCGUCUACAGAAAGUUCUAGAUCAAAAUCUGACAGAAGAAGACCUGUACAUGCUGUAACUUACAGACCAGCUUUUGAUAGACGUAGAACUACAAUGCGGAUUGAAGAAAUAGAAGCUGACUUAAAAACAAAGCAAGUACAUGCUCGUACUGAGGUUCAGGAUCAUAGACAUCCGGUCUAUAAACCAGAUUCUUCUACAGAGCCUUCUAUAAGUUCAUCUACACAAGAGUCUUUCAUAAAACGUGGUCAGUUUCGUCGUCGUCGCCCGUCCUACUCAACAACAACUACUGAAGCUACAAGCACAAAAAAGAUAUAUGAAGUAAAAAAUAGAUUUAGAGGCCGACGACCCACAGAAAAACCUACUGAAAAACCUGACAUUCAAACGGAAUCAUCUCCAGCAACUGUUAGAAGUACAUACAGCAGUAGAUACAAUCAUAAAUCAAGGUUAUCAGAAAGGUACAACAAGAAACCCGAAAUUGAAUCUGAAGAAUCAGAAGAUCAGGAUCCCAACUACUCCAUCACCAGACCAAAGUAUCUUGCGCCGGAAACUGAACAGUGGUCACCAAAAAUUUCAUCCGAAUCUUUUAAACCCUAUAACCCUAAUGACAUUUUAGAUGAAAGUAAAGUUGCUACAACUGAGCGCAGAUCUGACAAAUUACAAGAUAAUAUUGAAUUAGAUAUUAUAACAGCAAGAAAUGAGUACGAUGAUAUUCUCAUAUCUGUAACACCAGCUACAAAUAAUAGAGUCAACAAGAAGAUACCUGAUAUACCACCGACACUUGAAGCUCUUGUAGAGCAAAGUAAAACAACAAAAGGCGAAUCUAGCGAUAAUAUGUCUACUUUUGAGACUAUGUUAGAAGAAGUAAUGAAAAGCUUAGAAGAACAAGAUAAAGAUGAAUAUACAUCGAAAGUAACCAAACAUAAGGGUGGUGAAAUUGGAGAGAUACCACCAGAGAGAAUAAUUUAUCCAGGAGAAGAGUUUGCGACUAAACAAUCUACCACUAUCGAAGAUGAGAUUAUAACAGCGGCACCUGCGACUGAAGAUAAUACUGCCAAUAUCAGCCAGGAUGGGCCCAAAGGAAAAAAUCGUCGUCGGGGAUUCUGGAAGAAAGUUAAAGUACGACCCAGCACAGAAUCUAUAGAAGUAGCAGAAUCUCAAUACUACACUAACACAGUUAAUCGACUUGGAGAAUCUGUGAAACUUUCUAACGCGGUACAUGAGAAAUCUAAUAUAAACGAGAAGCCUAAAAUAUCUGCCACGACUUACAAACCGAGCUUCCAAUUCAUAAAAGAUAUUUUUGCGAGCAAUGAGGAAAGUCUUUAUGAUGCCGAUGCACUUUCAUACGUAGACAUACCAAAAAUUGACAAAGAGGUUACAUCAGAGCAUAGUGAAGGACCUGUAGAUGACGAAGCUAAAAUUAGUGAAACGUAUACUACGAAAGAAGCUACAACUAUCAAAUCAACCAGUGUGGAAGAUGAAGAUGUUGGUACAAAUACCCCAGAUCCUACUAUCAUGGACAAUAUGUAUUUUAGUACACCUACUGAACCCACAGCGAGUGAAAAUGUAUUAGGAAUACUUGACAAAACUGACAGUUUCAGUUUUAUGGACUAUCUCUUCGGUACAACUUCUAGUGAUAAUAAAGACGUAGUAAGAAAUGACACCAUUACAAAGGUACCUCAGAAAAAUAUCGAAUUAACCACAGAACAAAUAAAGACUAAAUUAUCUACCACCGAAACAACUUAUAUUCCUGAUGAAAUCACAACUGAACCUUCAAAUCAGGAUGAUCAGGAUACUUUUGAGGAUAUUAAAAAGAUUUCUAAUGACGAUAAAACAAAAGCCGCAAUAACUACAACCCCAAUAACAAAUAUAGAAACGUCUUCUGUUUCUAGUUUUAUGAACCCAGCGAAUGUUCUAAGUACAUCUAUGUCAACAGAAAUAUCACAUGAAACGGAAAUUUGCUUUAGAGGAAAAUGUAUUAAAACUAAUAAAGAUAUUUUAUAAAACUAGAAAAUGUUAAUCUAUGGUGCUAAAGACUUGUUCAGAAGUAGUGACUAGAGACAAAGUGAUUAUGUGUAAAUUGUGUAAACCUCAAAUAUUUUUGUAUUAUUUUUUGUAGUAUUUGAGUCAUUGUCUAACGUAGCCUUAUGAGAUAUUUAUUGAUGUACCUAAAUGUAAGUUUUGCGGUGAAAUCUUGUAAAUAGCAUAACCUCUUUACUUGGUUCCACCUUCUUAUUUUUAUUCUUAGGAUGUAGAACUAAUGUUAUUUUAACUUUUAGGUUUGUGGCCACAUCUAAAAGUUAGACGGUGUAUAAAAUUAAAAUAUAAUAUUACAUAGUAUUUAAUGUAUAGUUUUAAAGUUUUCUAUUUUUGUAUAAAAAAAAUUAUUUAUAUACGAUGACAAGAAAAUUUAUAUUCUAGACUUCAAAUCAUAAUCGUCAUGUUUUGGACCGUGUACCCAAAAUUAUAUUAUUGGAGCAAGGUAUUACUUUCUUCGCUCCAACUCUUAGGUGACUCGCAGUAUUCAUCAGCUCCUGUAUUAUGGUACCUCGGUCUCGUCUCCGAAUAGGAUGAAGGUAUUCGGAACUGAUGGCCCUACAUAAUAUGUAUAAAUAGGUUUUAUGACUGAAAAUUAUGUUACAGCUACAAUAGAAUAGAAUUCUAAUUAAAAAUCUUAUUAUUUAUUUAUUUUCUCAUCUCUAACUACUAUUUACGAACGGGCAUUUUAUAUACAUACCUACUUGAUACAAUUUAUGUAAUAAAUCCCACCCGAAGCCUUGUUAAAUUUAAAGCUAUUAUUCUCUAUUUUAGAAUUGAAAUGGACUUGAAUAGUAUGUUUUGUACUAAAAUGUUAAAAUUGUAAUUUGUAUUAAA